GCGGUUGCGUGUGUCCGGGUGGGGCGCAUGCACACGCCUGCAGCCGUGCAGGCCAAGCUGCUGGACAUGUGGCAGCGUGGGGAGAAUCCCGUACUUCCGGCGGAUGCAGCGCCAAUGUUUAAUGUGAUCCACCAGAACGCGGACUGGUGGAGCGAGCGCGAUGGCUACAACAGGAGCGCGAAUCUCGAUGACGUCGGGAGGGCGUUGGCAAAGAACGGCAUCCGGCUGCUGAACCCAGUGCAUUACCACGGUAUUGGCGAUCCUGUGCGCGAAGAGCGACGGUCGAUCCUCGGCAUCCGGGGCGUCUGGAGGGAGCUCAGCAUUCCCCCGCAGGCGUUGUGGUAUGUGCGCCCGUGCGGGUCCCGCGACCGGCUAGCCGCCCGGAAGGACGUCGCUGCAGUAGUAACGCCCAUAGAUUCGAAGGCGUUUUGGAGUCUUUCCCGGAAUGGCAGACAUGUUACCUCCCUCGAAGAGGUAGACGCGUUCGGACUGUAUCGCCGUUGCCGCUUCAUUCGACACCUGCCACAGAGCAUCCUCCCGCCCCUCAGACCUACAAAUCAAGCACUAUCGGAGGAGCGCGCCAUCAUGUUGUACGAGGCCGCCCUGACGUUCUUCGAUUUUGAUGAAGAAGCAGGUAUUUUUUCCGUCACGAUGCCAAGUGAGAAAGUCUUUGGGGAUGAAAUACGUGCCGAAGAGGCAGCUACGGCCGCGCGGGCGCUAGACUACGCCAAUUAUUGUAACAGGGCACAGGCCGCCGCCGCGUCGGACAUGGAUGGAGAAGCGCGCAUUUUCGAGCCGGACGGUUCUGAUUCUGAAGAAGAGGAGAGCCGCAACAGGCAUCGCCCCAGGAGCCGCGUGCUGCAGGGGCCGUCGAAUGCUUCGCCGGAUGGAGAGCAUGAAGGAAGAGAUGAUCAUGAGGCGCAACAUGCCGACCCAGCUGUCGAGCAGGCGCGGAAACUUGCCGAGGGAGUGAAGCUUCACGAGUUUCCGGGAGAGAGUGUCGCUUGGAUCGCAUCACAGACCACUGACCAGCUCAAUAUGAUUGCUGGGGACUUCUUCAGAAACAUUUUUAAAAACGGCAAGCACGUGGUAAAAUCUGGGAGAAACAACAUCCGGCACAAGGACUCGCUAAAGCCGUUGCAAGCCGUCACACUUGGCGCCACGGUCAAGAUUCUUUCUGCGUACGGAGCCCAGGUGUCUGCGUUCACGAAAAGCUCGCGCGGUUGUUUUCUUCUGCGGCUACUGGCCGAGCUGCGGCGCCGCUUCCUUCGCAAAGCGACAGCGCAAGCCGCAGCGCCAGCCAAGAACUGGACAUCAAUAACAAUCAACCACAACUACGCGACCCCACUGCACGUAGAUGGCGGAAAUGUCGGGCAGAUGUACUCGAUGGUCGUCUGCUUCGGAAAGUACGCGGGCGGCAGGCUUUUCAUCGCGACCGCGGGCGCCACUGGCUACCCACUGCCGCGCCGGCCCGAUGGGAAGCUAGCGAAAGGCGAAGCGGGGACGUUCAAGGACGAGCAUGGUGAGGAGGUUCCCGGUGAGUUCUUUUGCGUGUCGGCUAGCGGCAUGGGGCCGCUGCUCUUCUCCGGACAAGUUCGGCACGGUAGGUUGCUCCCUGUUUGUUUCGCGGGUAGCUCCGCUAGUGUGUUCAUCCUGAUGUACGACUUGGCAGUCUUGUAAUUUAGAUUUAGACGUAAGAAAAAUAAGGUAAGGCUGCACUCGGCCGCAGCGGCGGCUUCCUUAAACUGUAUGUCAGCGUAGAACGGCCGCUGCCAUUUUCGCAUCUAGGGUGGACCCCACGACCCAGCAUUGACUGUCCAUAUUGAACUCGUUACUUUUGAUUCUCGUACAACAGGAACGGAGGCGUACAAGGGAGACCGAACGUGUGCUGUCUGGUAUUCGCAUGGCGGCGUAUACAAGCUCAGUCCGAACCACGAAGACGAGACGAGACGGGAACGUAGUAAACUUCUGGAGCAGCUACGCACGGCCGGAAUAGACCCCGCGGACCCAGCAGAAGUGCCAGAGGGCUCCGCUCCGUCCUCUGAAGGAUCCGCCCGUGGGCCGGCCAGGGUGGAGGCAGCCGAAGGGAGCGCCGGCAGCAGGCAAAGCAGCAAGCAGAGGGGAAGCAAAGCCGGGGAGACUGGGUCUGGAGCUGAGCCCGAAACCUACGAGGAGUUUGAAAACGAGCGCGCCAACCCGCUGGUGCUCGAGACAACUCUCGGAGGGGUUCCGCCCAGUUUGCGGGGGUGCUACAUGAAGUACUUGCGCCACCGUGUGGUGGAGCGCUUUGCCGAAGCUGCGCGGGAAUUCCGUGGCUCGCCGCGUUCUGUUUUAGAUGUAGACACGCCUGAAGGACACGAAGCGGCCGCCCACCGACCCCGGACGUCGCCCGGCAAGCGGUCCGCGCGGGAAGUCAUUGAACUAUCAUCCUCAUCCGACGCCGACGAAGGGCCCUCGAUCCCCGGGGCCGCGCCCAGUAAAAGCGCGAGCGCGAAGGGCGCGGAGCGAGCGGCUGGCGCGCAGAAGAGAAAGCGAAAGUAGUGGAAAGAAGCUUUCUAUGGUAUCCGUGAUCGGUUUAAACUCGCACACAUCUAUUUGCGCGCGGAGGAAAUAAAAGAAAGCGAUGAGCAUCAGAAGUAGGUAUGCGCCGUGGGGCUGUUGCGUCCAUUGAUUGUGCCGCCUACGAUUACAGCUGGUGAUAUGGCAGCCAGCUGAGGUCUUCGCUGUUCUUGUGCUUUCAUGAUAUGUUCACAAAGUCAAAGACAACGCGUGUACACAACCACUAGAAACACCCUGUGGACACGUUUUUUGUUUUAUCUAUCAAAGAAGCUUGUCUCACAU